UUUGAGUGUGGGCAAGGACACAGGGGCCCCAUGAUCCUCUAUUGCCCGGGGGGCCUCAUGAGUUGUCAGUCCGCCCCUGGUAUUAUUACAUCCUGGUCAGUGUGGAUCCACAGGGCAGGACGGGAGUGAUGUCAGCUCCAGGUAGAGAAGUAGUAGGCAUGGCACGCAUUUGGAGCAUGCAUGCUUUUUCAUCAGGCCAUCUAUCUUCAUCAAGAUGGCCUGAUGAAGGAGCAUGCAUGCUCUGAACCAGGGGCGGACUGACCAUUUGAGCACUCGGGCACUGCCCAAGGGUCCGGGGUCAGUAGGGGGCCCCAUGAGAUGCCCCUGGUUCCUUUCAUUGGAUUUUUCACAGGCUUUUUUGGGUGUUGGCAAGGACACAGGGGACCCA